AUUGAUGAAAGACCAUAAUUCAAUCCUUGUAUCUACAAAUAGAAAGAGGUUAAAACUAGUUGAUGCAAAAUGACCUCAAACCAAAUUAGACGAUCAAUGAAUAGGGUGAUAAAAAAAAACAGAGAAAGAGUUUAUAUUUAUUUCGUUAUAGACAACCUUUCUAUACUCUUUUCUAUGUUUUGUUCUUCCCUUCAACCAACUCAUCCAUAGGACCAUAGCAUACAAUGGAAGAAUCAUGCAACUCAAAAUCAUCAAACUCAAAUCCUCUCAAAAUCUACUUCCUCCCAUACCCAUCACCAGGACACAUGAACCCAAUGAUCAACCUAGCUCAAAUCUUCACUACACGUGGUCAUCACGUGACCAUCCUCACAACACCUUCAAACACCAAACUCAUCCCAAACCAAAACAAAAACAAACUCAACAUUCAUAUCUUAAACUUCCCCUCUAACAAUCUUAACCUUAAUGGCAUCGAAAAUCUCUCAUCAGCACGUGACCCUCAAACUGCACUCAAAAUACACAUUGCAACCAAUCUUCUCAUCCCUCAAGUUCAAACCUUUUUACAACAAAACCCACCUGAUGUUUUUGUUCCAGACAUCAUGUUCAGUUUUUCAAAUCUUGAAAUUCCUGUUAUACCCUUUGAUCCUAUGCCUAUUUUUGUAUCUUGCAUUUUUGAAGCUAUAAAUAAUAAUCCAAAUGUGUUAUCACAAUCAUCACUUCCUUUUGUUGUUCCUGGUAAUCUUCCACAUACUAUCACUUUACCUGUUAAUCCAUCAAAUGAAUUUCACACUCUUUCUCGUCCUGUUUUAAAUGCUAAACACAAUGGAAAACAUCAUGGUAUCAUUGUUAAUUCGUUUGUUGAGCUUGAACAAGAGUACAUUGAGUAUUACCAAAAAGUUACUGGUGUUAAAGUUUGGCACAUUGGUAUCACUUCACUAAUGAUGGAUCAUUUUAACUGUUGUAAUGGUAUUGGUGAUGAUGGUGGUGAUGGUGAUGGUGAUGGUGAUGCAUGUCUGAGUUGGCUUAAUUCGAGGGAAGCGAACUCGGUGGUUUAUAUAUGUUUUGGGAGUUUGUGUCGUUUGAAUAGGGAGCAGUAUAUGGAGAUAGGGAGAGGGAUUGAGGCUUCUGGGAAAGGGUUUCUUUGGGUGGUUCCUGAGGAUGAUGAAGAGUUUUGUGUGGUGGAAGAGAGUUUGAGUUUUAAGAGAGGGAUGGUGGUGAGAAGAUGGGUGAAUCAGAGGUUGAUCUUGAAGCAUCAUGCAAUUGGAGGAUUUUUAACUCAUUGUGGUUGGAAUUCUGUGGCUGAGGGGAUAUGUGCUGGAGUUCCCAUGAUCACCAUGCCCAGAUUUAGUGACCAGUUUUUGAAUGAGAGGUUGGUGACAGAGGUGCUUAGGAUUGGGGUGGAAGUGGGCGGAUGUGAGUGGAGCUUAUCGCCCUUUGGUGCGAGGAACAAGGUGGUGAGCCGGAAACGAAUUGAGAAAGCUGUGAGGAGAGUCAUGGAAGAUGGUGAUAGCUCAAUGAUCAGAAAACGAGCAAAAGAAAUGCGGGAUAAAGCUUGUAAAGCAGUUCAAGAAGGUGGAUCCUCUUACCACAAUCUCACUAACCUUGUUCAAUCACUCAAGCAGAUUAGUCUUGAUAGGGUACUUCAGACUAAUUAAUGUUAAUGCUAAUGUAAUGUAUAUGAUCAUGGUAAAAUAUAUGUACUAGUUUUUUAAUAUGGUUUAUGUUGGAACACUUAACUAUGAUGAAAACUUUUCUAAUUU